AUGGCUUUCACACGGCCGCCUGGAGGCUGUUCUCAGCACUGUCCAAAGCUCAAGGAUGAUGAUGAUGAUGAUAUGUUCUCCACAACAGCGGAGCACUGCAAGGAAUCAGAUUGGAGUCUAAUGGAUGCUCAGAGACGUGCUGGGCUGUACCGGGACCUCAGCAUCGCUGCCAAGGUGUCCAUUUCCAAGCGCAAAGCGUGGAAACUAAAUCGUGUUGGUAGCCUGCGAAAUAUAUACAGCAGCAGCAGCACCAACACCGAAGAACAAGAAGAAAACUUUGAGUUCAUCAUUGUCUCGCUCACUGGCCAGACUUGGCACUUUGAGGCUACUACAUAUGAAGAAAGAGAUGCAUGGGUACAAGCCAUAGAGAGUCAGAUCUUGGCCAGUUUACAGUCGUGUGAGAGCAGCAAGAACAAGUCCCGACUGACAAGUCAGAAUGAGGCCAUGGCCCUGCAGUCAAUAAGAAACAUCAGAGGCAACUCUCACUGCGUGGACUGCGAGGCACAGAAUCCUGACUGGGCUAGCUUGAAUCUGGGAGCUCUCAUGUGUAUCGAAUGCUCAGGUAUCCACCGAAACCUUGGCACGCACCUUUCCCGGGUCCGCUCGCUGGACCUGGAUGAUUGGCCUCUGGAGCUUAUCAAGGUCAUGUCUUCUAUCGGGAACGAGUUGGCCAACAGCGUCUGGGAGGAGAACAGCCAAGGCCACCUGAAACCUUCAUCCGACUCCACAAGGGAUGAAAAAGAGCGCUGGAUCCGUGCGAAGUACGAGCAGAAGCUCUUCCUUGCACCGCUGCAGUGCCUGGAGCUCUCACUGGGCCAACAUCUCCUGAGGGCUACAGCCGAGGAAGACCUGCGGAUGGUCAUCCUGCUCCUGGCUCACGGCACGCGGGAUGAAGUGAACGAAACGUGCGGCGAUGGCGACGGGCGCACCGCCCUCCACCUGGCCUGCAGGAAAGGAAACGUGGUCUUGGUGCAGCUCUUAAUUUGGUACGGUGUGGAUGUGAUGGCCCGCGACGCCCAUGGCAACACGGCGCUGGCCUACGCCAGGCAGGCCUCGAGCCAGGAGUGCGUCGACGUCCUCCUCCAGUACGGCUGCCCCGACGAGCGCUUCGUCCUCAUGGCGACUCCCAAUUUGUCCCGCAAAAACAACAACCGGAACAACAGCAGCGGAAGAAUGCCCACCAUCAUCUGAGGCACUCGUCGGCGUCUUCGCUGACCGGAGUCACACCCGCGGCCUCACAUUCCUCCAUCCCCAUCGCAGCUCUGCUCUGUGAGCCCGCAAACUUUCCUUUCCCCUUUUCCCUUAGUCCCAUCCCGAUCCCACGCAGGAACGUCGCCUCCGGGGAGCGCGAGGGCAUGAGGAGCAGCAGGAGGGGCUGCAGAGGAAGCUUUGUUUCAGCAGGCGCUCCCGGAUGAGGACGGCAGUGCGGGAGCGAGGGCACACACGGGGGUUCUUCCCCGGGGCCAUGGCGCGGGGAGCGCCAGCACGGCGGCCUCUCGGCACCGGCUCCACCGGUGGGGCAGGACGGGCUGGAGGGAGUGGCGAGUGGAAGCGAGAGGGAGAAGGAGCAAAGCGAACCAGCAACUUUCCGUAAGUGACAGCUGAGCACAUCAGUACGUUUCACCUCUACCGAGCGGAGCGCUUGGAUUUCAUUCUCUUCUCCGAAGAGCUUGACGGCAUAAAUCAGAAGCAAGCACAGAGUUUGUCAGGUUUGAAGCUCCUAUGAUGGUAUGUGUCAAAUCAGUUGUAGCUAAUCUGUCCAGGGAGAAUACUGGCUUCAUUACACUUGUAUAGUUGAGUUCUUCCAGCAUUACCGCUGUUUAAUAGAACAUGAUUAGUCAUCACGGAGAAAAAAGCAUAUUAGCUGAGGAGGUAGUUACAUGGCACGCUUCGGUGAUUGCUUGGAUGUGAUUGCAAUAUUCUUAGAAGCAUCAUAUUAUCUCAGACAUGUUCUCUCAAGCCCUUGGAGCCCUCCUUUCUAAAUUCACUGUCAUAAUUUAGUAUCUGUUUAAUUUUUCAGCCCAAAGAGAGGAAAUGAGUUGCUGAGUGUUAUUUGACUGCAGUCUCCUUGGUGUAAAAACAAAAUGGAAAAAAUAAAUAAGAGUAAUAUGGAAACACAAAAAGGAAUAAUGAAUACUGCUAAGGAAAAAAAAAACAUUUCAAGUACAUUUAGUGAAAUUAAGAAAUGCGCUAGAGGUUAAUAAUUUUUUUUCCAGCCAGAAGAAAUAUGUCCUGUCAUUUUGCCAAGGUAAAUGUGUUGAGUUUUUGGUCACUUCUGUGAUGCAUUGCCUAACUUAUACAGAUUUUGUAUUGUGUCUUUAGAUUAUAUGUACGUAAAAUCUAUUUGAAUAAAAAAAAUCAU